CACGGUAAAUCUCAACCCAAAAGCUGAGAGUUUUCAGUGCAGCUUCAGGGUGACAUUAUCUGCUGGGUGGUCUGUCUCUGUUUCUUACCUGAAGGAUCAAGAAUUCCACCCGCUCCUGGUAGCUGCCUCACGGGCUGGAAGGCAUUUGCUGAGAUAAGUGAAGUCUGAGUCUCAGCUGGUGGCACUUGAAAUGGCAUUACAAACAGCAGUGUCUGUGUGUGCCUGUGCUGACUCAGUUCAGCCUGCCUGUAAAGGUGGCUGGAGGUGAUGGCAGAGACCAGUCAGGAUGUCAUUGCCCUGUGGCUGAGGUGCAGAAGCUGAUGAGAAGUUCCCUUACCCAGAGGGGCAGAAACUGGCCUCUGAUGGGGCAGUCUGAGCCAAAAGGCAGAUUCCCUCUCCCCAGCCUCUGAGGGAGUGAUAACACACAGGUUCCUCGACACUGGGGUGAGCAGAGCUCUGUGGGUUAUAAAGAGUAGAUGGAUUUUCCCUGCCUUCAGAGCAGGAGCUCACAGAUGUUUGUUGGGCUCUCUGGGGAGCAGCUGCCUUCUGACCACAGCCAUACCCAGCCAUGCUCAGCAGUUAAGGUCUGAUGAUGUUUUUUCCCCUUCUCUUUCUGUAUAUCCCAAGCCCAGCCUCUGCCUCCCUUUUGCCUCCCUGGGUGCUCGUGGCCUUGGCAGGGGUGUUUCACCCUUGCCUUCCUUGAGAGUGUUCUCUGAGGCUUGUUGCUUUAGGAACAGCUGUUUUGGGAAGAUGGUGAGCUAAUCCUGCUGCUAGAUCCUCCAGCAGAACCAAGAAUGACAAAGCUUGAUGUUCACAACUGCGCUUGGGAGAGCCCAAUUCCUCUGCACUUCAUUUUUUCUUUCUUUUUACCUCCUAAAGGGGAAGGGGGCAGCAAGUUUUCUUCUUAAGACAUCAGAAGAAAAAAAAGAAGGCAGCACCCCCAUUUCCUUCCCACUGCAUGUAACUCACAGCACUCCAGUAGAGUGCACCUGCAGCUGGGACAGCCAUGGAGAAGAGUGGGAACAUUCAGCUGGAGAUUCCCAACUUCAGUAACUCUGUCCUGAGCCACCUGAACCAGCUGCGCAUGCAGGGUCGGCUGUGUGACAUCGUGGUCAACGUGCAGGGCCAGGCUUUCCGUGCGCACAAGGUGGUGCUGGCUGCCAGCUCGCCCUACUUCCGUGACCACAUGUCCCUGAACGAGAUGAGCACCGUGUCCAUCUCCGUCAUCAAGAACCCUUCUGUUUUCGAGCAGCUCCUCUCCUUCUGCUACACUGGCAGGAUAUGUCUGCAGCUGGCUGACAUCAUCAGUUACCUGACAGCUGCCAGUUUCUUGCAGAUGCAGCACAUCAUAGACAAAUGCACGCAGAUACUCGAGGGGAUUCAUUUCAAAAUUAAUGUGGCGGAGGUGGAAGCGGAAUUGAGCCAGACGAGGACGAAGCAUCCGGAGAGACCUCCCGAGUCUCACCGGGCGACGCCAAAUCUCAACCGUUCCCUGAGCCCACGUCACAACACCCCCAAGGGGAGCCGCCUGGGCCAGGUUAGCACGGUGCUGGACAUCCGGGAGCUCAGCCCGCCCGAGGAGUCCACCAGCCCCCAAAUAAUCGAGCAGAGUUCCGAUGUGGAAGGCAGGGAGCCCAUCCUGCGGAUUAACAGGGCAGGACAGUGGUACGUUGAGACGGGCAUGGGAGAGCGCGGGGCGCAGAACGACGAGGAAGUGCGGGUGCUGGGAGGAGUGCGCAUUAAGACGGAAAACCUGGAGGAGUGGCUGGGGGCAGAGCACCAGCCCUCAGGAGAAGAUGGGAGCAGCGCCGAGGAGGUCACGGCCAUGGUGAUCGACACCACGGGCCACGGAUCGCUGGGCCAGGAGGCUUUUGCCUUAGCCUCCUCUGGAGCCAAAGUGGUCAGGCCAACCAGCAGCGAGAUCGACAGAUUUAGCCCUUCUGGCAGCAUGGUUGCUGUGACUGAGCGGUACAGAUCGAAAAGCGAGUCUCCUGGGAGGAUGGAUGAGCCUAAGCAGCCCAGUUCCCAGGGGGAGGAAUCAGCCAUGCUCGGAGUGAGCGGUUACGUGGAGUAUCUGCGGGAGCAGGAGGUUUCAGAGCGCUGGUUCCGGUACAACCCACGGCUCACGUGUAUUUACUGCGCCAAAUCCUUCAACCAGAAGGGCAGCCUGGACCGCCACAUGCGGCUCCACAUGGGCAUCACACCUUUCGUGUGCCGCAUGUGUGGGAAGAAGUACACCCGCAAGGAUCAGCUGGAAUAUCACAUCCGCAAGCACACGGGCAACAAGCCCUUCCACUGCCACGUGUGCGGCAAAAGCUUCCCUUUCCAGGCCAUCCUCAACCAGCACUUUCGCAAGAACCACCCCGGCUGCCUGCCCCUGGAGGGGCCGCACAGCAUCUCCCCUGAGACCACCGUCACGUCCCGGGGGCAGGCAGAGGAGGAAUCUCCCCCGCAGGAAGAGGCCGUGGCGGUGGGGGAGACGGCACAGGGAUCUGUGUCCACAACCGGGCCGGAUUGAAGCGGCUCCGGAGUCCCAGGAGAAAGGACAGUCUUCCCAUUCCUGGCUCUGAAGAGUCAGCACCAACCCGGCAGGCUGGUACUGUAAUUAGUGCAAUGCCACCACUGAACAGAAAGAAGCUCCCAAGAUUUUGCCAAAAUAGAAAAAUCUCUCUCUUUCUCUCUCUUCCUCUCACACACCCACACACACACCCAUAGAGUGUUAAAUGUUUUUCUCCCUUAUUCCUCCUCCUCUUGGAGAAAAACAGAACAACUGUGUCAAUCAACUUCUUAUUCAGGGAUCGACAGGAUUUUAAAUUUUUUUACUGUUCUGUAGAGAUCUGGGACAAGCAGUCAUUUGUAUUUCUGGACAGCGCUGUGGCCCAGCAGGGCGUCCCGCCGGCGGUGCCGGGUUCAGCCACAGAGCCAUAUCCACUGCUCCCACUCGAGGGGAGAGCAGGGGCAAGGGGCCAUUGCCUUUCUCCCUUCCCCAGGUAGUUGCCGCAGCAAAGAAAACAAAAAUACUGUCCUGGUGGAACCUGCCUUGCCCGAGCGUAUUUAUCCCUGUCCUAUUUUGGUGUGUCUCUUUACGUUUUUAUUUAAACUGUUAUUUUAGGGCUUUGGGCUUGCCUGUUCCAGGCAUGCAGCCCUGGUGCCCCUUGUUAAAGUGGGCACAGCUACAAAGUGGUAUUCUAGAGAUCAGCAAAAUGUAAAGGAAGUACUUCAGCUACUGAGAGUGGAAUUUAGCAGCUGUGAGGUUUGCAUGAGACUCUGAUGCACUGAGAGAAGGGCUGGAGGGGCCUUUAGAGGAGGUUGUCCUCUGCUGGUGCUGAUCUGGAGAGCUCAGAGCACUCUGAGGUCCUGGCUGGAGCGCUGCCAUGCUUCAGGUGGUGCCAAGGAUUAGGAAGAGAUUUUCUGGAGUUGCUGAAUGGUGGAGUUAGAGGCUGGCUACCAAAGUCCUCUUUCACCCCUGGUCCCCCCUCGACACACACUUGAUCUUUUAGAACAGCAAUACGGGAUAUGGGAAUACUGCAAUGCUGUUGUCACAGCUGAGCAAUCGCAGGUGGUUGCUUUUAAACCUGUUUCUACAAACUAGUUUGAUAACUUUUUUUAUCAAUGAAACACAAAAAGAAAAGAGAACCCUACUCUAUUUCCUUAUAACAGUUCAGGAGACUUAAAAGUGAACAGUUCCUAGAGCAAUCACAACUCUGUCCCCUUGCAUGGACUUAACAUUUUUGUAUUCUGAGUAGCUCUGAUGUUUAGAGCAAGUUUAGCAAACCUGGAGAGACAUGCCUGCGUGUGUAUUGUAGGUGUUUGCACGAGCUUACAUGGUUCAUAACCAGAAAAGCAUGGGACAGGCAGAUAAGUGCAAAUAUCCUGACAUCUUUUUUAAAAAAAUAUGCAAUAUUUUAAGAGUUUUCUCUAGUUCUGAUGCCAAGUUGUUCAUGAUGAAGGGGGGGAAUGAACAACAGGUUGCGUGUAUCAGGUUUGGUGAAGGAGUUCUCUUGAGGAUGUAUAAUGUGUAUAUGAUGAGGAAGGGUGAAGUUCUGAACCUUAAGGUGAUGGGAGGAACAAGGAGACAUUGAAAAAGAAAUACACUUCCUCUUGCUUCAGCAAGAAAGCUGGAUGAGAGGUUAGAGUGGGGGCUUAGGCAGAAGACUGACCAAGUGACAAUAGUGCCUGGCCUGCUGUCUGACUGCAGUUUUGGGCACAUGGAAACAUCUCCAGCCCUUGCUUUCCCCAUCUGCAAAUUGAUACUUGGGAUCAUUUUUCUGCCCCUUUGAAGGGAAUAAUUUGGAGAAGAGUGAUGUAUUCUUGCCUUGAUUUAUAGAUUUUUUCAUGUGUGAGGGGUCUCACUGUUCCUCCCAUCUCCCUCUCAAAAAGAGAUGUGGCUCUAAUGUGGUUUUGUGUGUGGGAAAGGGCUCGGUGCCAGUAUCAUGUGUAACAGGGAUGGGAUCCUACAAGAGGAACCUUUGUAGGUGCUCUGAGCUGGGUACCUGCAAAGUACCAUUUCAUUGACCAUUUCAAACAGGAAAACUGAUUAUUUCACUUCUGUUUUCCUUCUGUGCCUUCUUCCUCCUCUCCUGUCAAGGGCAUCCAUCACACAGGGAGUGAUUUGGCCACCCAACCAGCUCUGUCAGGUUUCCUGGCAAAGGUCAAACAUCACAGUACCAAAACAGUGAGGUUGCCAGAGAGUAGUGGCAGAGGAUGAGUGAGAGGGUGGCCAAGGUAGGUUUUGUUGCAGUCAAGGUGCAGGGAGGAGUGGAGAUGUGCUGCUUUAGUCAUAGCUUUUGAAGUUACCAAAAAUGAAAAAAAAAAAAGUUAAAAACUUUGAAAUCCUAUCUGUUCACACUAGAGAGCAUAAAAAGUUACUUUUAGUU